GGCCGCUCCGCCGCGCUCGGAUUUCAGCUGGUCCGGGCGGAGUCCAUGCGGGAUAAAGGACUUUAGGCGAAUUCAGUCUAGCUGAAGCCUUUCUAACGCGGUUUAGCGAGCACGUUACCCGCUCAACAUGACUACGACGACCAACUACCAAGGCAUGGAGCCUGGUGCCAAAAACAGCUCCAGGGUGUUGCGUCCCCCUGGCGGAGCCUCUAAUAUUUCCUUCGGCACAGAUGAUGAGAAGCCUGUGCGCAAAAACAAGAUGGCCUCCAGUAUCUUUGCUGAACCUGACGACCCUCAUGCCCAUCGGAGGAACAACCCACCAGGUGGAGAAGCGUCUGGCAUCCUGUGCGGUGAACCCUCGGCUCCUCUGAGACGAUGCCAGCCCGUCAUCGUCUAUGAUAACGGCACUCCUCGAACGGCCCCUGAUCACGAAUCUGCUCUUGUUUUGCAGGAUCAAAAUGAAUAUGAGCAAGAGAACAACGAGGAGGCUGUGGAGCAGAAAGAGGAAGCUGCACAGUCUUCCGCCCCGUCUGCUGCCAACAACCCCUCCGGCCGGAGGAACCCACCUGGUGGCAAAUCCAGUCUGAUCCUGGGCUGAAACGGCCUCCACUGAACUUUCUUUGCUCUUUCUGUCUUUUUUCUUUUUUUAAAGGAAUUCCCCUUCCUU